AUGCCCCGCAUUGCCUUCUUCACGUUGCUUCAAGCUAUUGCUACAGCCUUGGCCAGCGUCAUAAGUAGUAAACCUCGGCACCUUAGGGCGUUGAGGGACAUUUGUGAACUCAAGGCAGAUUAUAAAACAUGGGGUCCAAUUCAGCGAGAAGGAAAAAGAAAUGGAAAAAGAAAAAGAGCUAAAGAAAACGGCGAUGGCAAAGGCAACUGCAAUAUCCAGCGCUACAAAAUGGGCAUCAUCGCCGACGCAACUAUCAAUAGCACCGACGGCGCAACCUUUCAAGCACCGGCUCCGGCAAACCUCAACACUUCCAUGACAAAAAAAAAAGCCAUCAUCAAAGCUGUCAAAAAGGAAAUAGGGACACUGGAGAACGUCACCUUGGAGAGACUCGUCGUGUUGCCGUUUACUGCCCCUUUUAAUACAACGCCUAACGGGACUUAUGGGUAUUGGACAUUUACGCCUGCAAUGCAGUGUUGGCGGGGAUAUCCGAAAGACUGUAGUGGUGAAUUGGAGGAGGACUUGGACGGUUAUCCGGUCUGGGUGUGCGGCUUUAGGCUUAAGAGCAAUGGGACUGAUAGAAUGGCACCACCUAUGAAGGCAAUGUUAGUUUCGUGGAGAGGGAUGAAGAAGAUGCCCUCAUAA